AUCUAGAAUGUAGAUGGCGCUGCUUCAUAAAGAUUUCACGUUCUUCUAAGUUCCCAUGGCAUGCGUCUUCCAAGUUCCAACAAAUGAACAAAGUACAAACCUAGUGUUAAGAGUAUAUACGCCUCACCUCUAUUAAACAUAAACUCAUAAACAUCUCUUUCUCAUUUUUAGGUUUUUUGGAAAGAGUAAAUUUGUUUUUUGUAAAAUAUUACGAAGAUAAGUGAAGAUACACAAUUAAAUUAACGAAUAUCUAGGAUGAUUAUUAAAUUUACUAUAUUAGCAUUGAAUUUAGUUACUAUUUUAAGUUACAAAACGUAUGGAUACCUUGUUUAUUGUCCUUGCAUGGGUAGAUUUGGCAACCAAGCCGAUCAUUUUUUAGGGGCUUUAGCAUUUAGUAAAGCGAUCAACCGGACACUUGUUUUACCACCAUGGGUUGAAUAUAGAUAUGGAGAAGUAAAAUCCAUACAAGUUCCAUUUGACACCUAUUUUAACAUUGAACCUUUAAAUCGGUACCAUCAAGUUAUAACCAUGGAAGAUUUUAUGGAUACUGUUGCACUGGUUAUUUGGCCGCCCCAAGAAAGAAUCUCUUUUUGCUAUACUCAGAGAGUUGGUGAAAUCGACAACAGUUGCAAUGCAAAAUCUGGUAAUCCUUUUGGGCCAUUUUGGGAUACAUUUAAUAUAGAUUUUGUCAAAUCAAUAUUUUAUGGACCCUUGAACUAUGAUGCUCAUAAUAGCAAAAUGAUGGAAUCUUGGACAAAAACGUAUCCACCUAAACAAUGGCCUGUGUUGGCUUUUACAGGUGCACCAGCAAGCUUUCCUGUACAAUUUGAAAAUGUACACUUGCAAAAAUAUUUAAUUUGGAGUGAUGAUAUUCUGAGCAAAUCAAGAUCAUUUAUAAAAAACAAUAUGAGUGGUGGUGGUUUUCUAGGAAUACAUUUAAGAAAUGGCCCAGAUUGGGUGAAAGCAUGUCAACACAUACCAGAUAGCCCUAAAUUGUUUUCUGCGCCGCAAUGUGUUGGAUAUAAAAAUGAAAAAGGAAAAUUAACAUCCUCGAUGUGCCUUCCACAGAAAAGUGAAAUAAUUAAGCAAAUUAAGAGAGCUCUUAAAAAAUUUAAGGACAUUAAGUACGUAUUUGUUGCAUCAGACUCUAACCACAUGAUUGAAGACUUGAAAACUUCAGUUAAGAAUAUGGAAUUGACAAUACUAAAGCAUCAACCAAGCAAUCCACAUCUGGAUUUAGCUAUUCUAGGUCAAGCCAACUAUUUUAUUGGUAACUGUGUAUCUUCAUUCACAGCAUUUGUAAAACGUGAAAGAGAUGCUAAAGGCUUACCCUCCGAAUUUUGGUCAUUUCCUGAUAGAAAAAAGUUUAAACAUGAAGAGCUUUAAUAACAAAGGGGUUGUAAAACCUGCUGAUUCAUUCAAUCACAGAAUGAUGUGAUAAACAUGAGCAGAGUAACCUGCCAAAUAUUCAUGAAAUACACAGGGCCCAAAAUGUGAAUGCCCUUCAGAUCAAAUAAAGCUGCUUGGUGACAGAAAAGGUGUUUUGAUGUAGAAAAUAAGAAAGAGCUUUAUUAUAGCUAAUCUUUUCAGUUAUUUUGUAAUGAAAAUAAAAAUCUAAUAAAACUUAUUAGAAACGAG